GAAUCUGACGCGAGCACAUAUGCCGUCCAUAGACAUACAGGAGCUCGUGAAUCAGCAUACUCGAAUUGGAAGUUGUAAACAUUUGUUAAAUUGCAUUGCUUCUUGUUUUAGUUUUGUGCUUCCACCUCUGCCGUCGCCAUGGACGCCCUCCUCUCCAGGCUCUUCUCCUCGGAGGCAGAGGAACUGUUCACACUGGACUGCAUGGCUUACCUCAUGCAUGUCAUGGCAGCCUGCACUUUCGUUACAUUGCUUUUCGAAAAUGUCCCAUACGGGCGAUAUGCUAGCAGCAAAUAUGGAUUCCCAGUGAAUGCUAGAUUUGCCUGGUUUGUCCAGGAGCUGCCUGCCUUCUUCUUGCCUUUGUGCCUGGUAUUUUGGACAUCCUCUGCAAAAACGUCACUGCUGCCAAAUCAGCUGCUCAUUGCCAUGUACUUCUGCCACUAUGUCCACAGAUCUCUUAUUUAUCCAUUUUUAAUAAGAGGAGGGAAGGCAACACCAUUUGUCUCAUUCGCUCUGGCCACUGUCUUCUGCACCUAUAAUGGUUACAUGCAGAUCAGGUACCUGAGCCAUUAUGCCGAGUACCCUGCAUCCUGGGUUACACAUCCGUGCUUCAUCAUUGGGUCUGCUCUGUGGUUAGUUGGCUGGCUUGUAAAUAUGUACUCUGACCACAUCCUGAGGAACCUGAGAAAGCCCGGAGAGACUGGUUACAAGAUUCCCACAGGCGGAAUGUUUGAAUAUGUGUCUGGGGCCAACUUCUUGGGGGAGAUAACAGAGUGGGCUGGCUUCGCUCUAGCAGGCCACUCUGUUCACAGCUUAGCUUUCGCCAUCUUUACCACAGUGGUUCUCGCCAGCAGGGCUGUGGCCCACCACAAAUGGUACCUUGCUAAGUUUGAAGACUAUCCUAGAAGCAGAAAAGCGUUGAUUCCCUUUCUGUACUAGAAAACAGUGGGGACUUACCGGGAGCUUAAAAAGGUAUUGUAUUUACUUGAAGUGGCAGAGAAGACCAUUCCCAUAUUUUUUGUUGAUUUAGAAAAUUUCUGAUGUCAGAACAAACCCUCUGGAGAUCUUUAUUGAAAACACACAUGCAUGUAAAAGAUCUAAGCUGCAAGCCAACAACAGUUAAACCUCAUCAUCUUCAAAUGCUUUUUAUUGUUGCCAUUAGUUUGGCAGUAAUAUCCAUAAAGCACCAAGAAACACCGGCAGGCGUGGACUGAAUGUGUUGGUACUGUUGUGUUUGAGGAGAAGCAUUACAAUUAGUGCUUCUCCUGAGGAUGUACGAUGGAGAAUGAAGUGUACCUUAACAGUAAUACUUUGGAUUUAUACCACUCUGCAGCAGCAAAUAACAGCUUUGAGACUUUCCUCUGAUCUGCAUAAUCUCCCAGAUGGGACAUAAACUUGAAAAUGCAAAGCGUUAAAGUUUUCAUUAAUCCUCAAGGCUCAUGUGUUGCAAAUCUAUCUUUUUUAACAUCCAUUCAAAUGAUAUAGACCACCUCAGCAAGGGGCUUUGCGUGAAGAAAUGCUGAAUUUUUUUGUGGAUGUUAUGAGAGACUUUUUUUUUUUACUAACCUCACCACUUUGAAAAAAAUACAACUGCGUCUCAGGCCUAUGAAGACGGAAACUACAGUAGGUUAGUAUCAUAAAAUGGAGUCCAAGCAUGGCUCUCAAUAGCUCACCCAUGCCUGAAAUGAGAAAAUGAGAGUUGCCUCAACACAUCACUCCUGUCAGGGUUUCAAAGACAGAGAUUAAAGAAGAAGAGCAUCAAGUGUUAAUCAUUGGACUGAUACUGGAUGGAUGAGGUUGAGUGUGACUGAAUGAACAGAAGAAAACUGUUUUUGAUGAGUCUUGUACUCUAUUAUGGUUUCUUGAUUAAUGUUACCACGACAAUCUUGUCAUUGUAAGUAUGGACUUAUCAUGUGUUAUGUCUUACUAAGAAAGAGGUCUGACUGUAACUCAGUUCAGUUCUCUUUCCCAACAUCAGUCACAAGCAAACAAUAUGUAAUUUUACAAAGAAUUUUAUUUUCUCAUGGUUUUUAUAUGCUGUCGUCAAUAAAUACUACUUCUGUUUCUGA